AUGAGGUCUUGCAACGUAGGGCCUCACUUCCCUAAAUGGAUUUGGACACUCAAAAAUCUUACACGUCUUGUUUUUUCCAAUGAUAGUAUAUCAGACACAAUUCCUCACGAGUUUUGGGACAUGUGGCCUUCUCAAUUACAAUAUUUGAAUAUCGCUUUCAACAACAUAAGCGGGAAAAUACCAGAUUUAUCAUCAAAUUUUGCUAGUGGUUCCGUGAUAGAUUUUAGUCACAACAACUUUUAUGGCCAAAUACCGAAAGUCUUUUCUGCUUUACCAUCAUUAGAUCUUUCUAGAAAUAACUUCUCUGGAGGGAUUUCCUUUAUAUACCAAAUUGUUGAUGGGUUCUUAACAUUUAUUGACCUCUCUCAUAACUCAUUAAGCGGACAACUCCCGGAUUGUUUGUGGCAUUUCAAACAGCUAAAAUUUCUUAAUCUCGGACAAAAUAAUCUUUUUGGAAGGCUUCCUACCUCUAUUGAAUAUCUGAUCAAUCUCAGCAUAUUGUAUUUAUACAAGAACAACUUCUCUGGAGAAUUGCCUUUGUCUUUAAAAAAUUGCACGAGUUUAAAGUCGUUGAAUUUGGGGGCCAACAAGUUUUCUGAUAAUGUGCCUGUUUGGAUUGGGGAAAUCUUAUCAGGAUUGUAUGGUCUUAUUCUAAGAUCAAACAACUUCUUUGGAACCAUCCCUUUACAGUUAUGUCAAUUAGUAAAUCUUCAAAUUUUGGACUUGUCAGUGAACAAUCUCCAUGGAACCAUCCCCUCAUGUUUAAGUAAUCUUACAACCAUGGCUCAACAAGGAUCCUUACAAGAUGUACAAUUUAAUACAACUGUAAGAAGUGGGGAUACACAUAUACAUGACACAUAUGUUGACCAUGCAAUGAUUCGGUGGCAUGGAGAUGAACGUGAAUUCUUUAGAAUUCUGAAAUUUUUGAAGAGCAUUGACUUGUCAAGCAACAAUUUAACAGGACAAAUACCAAAUGAAAUUACCAAUCUGUAUGGUUUGAUUGCCCUGAACUUGUCAAUGAACGCUUUAUUUGGAGAGAUUCCAGGGACAAUUGGUGAGAUGAAAAAUCUUUUGACGUUGGAUUUAUCUAGAAACAAUGUUUCAGGUCGGAUGCCAUCAAGCAUGUCUCAGAUGAGUUUACUGAAUUACCUAGACGUGUCAUUUAAUAACUUGUCGGGGAGAAUCCCAUCUAGCACUCAACUCCAGUCUUUUCAACCUUUAAGAUAUGAUGGAAAUGCAGUACUUUGUGGACCUCCUCUUACCAAAAAAUGUCUCGGGGCUCAAGAUUUCAAAGUACCACCCGUUGCUGGAGAAAGUGAGGGUGAUAUGGAAGGCGUAGAUGAAGUUUGGGGAUGGUUCUAUAUUAGUGUGGGGACUGGUUUUGCUACUGGAUUUUAUAUAACAUGUGGGGUUUUACUUGUCAACCAUCGUGGAAGACAAGCUUUUUUUCAAUGUUAUGAUAACUUCAAAGAUUGGGUUUAUGUGAAGGUGGUGGUGUUAAUUUCAAAUUUGCCAAAGGCUAGACAGACUUAA